UACACACGAUAAACUGUCUAGAAAACAUUCACUAGCUGAGUAGCUACACACAUUUCACUGAAUUUGUUUCUAGCAACAACAUAAUGGCAGCAAGAUAUGACAGGGCGAUCACUGUGUUUUCUCCUGACGGUCACCUUUUUCAGGUGGAAUAUGCGCAAGAGGCCGUGAAGAAAGGCUCCACCGCUGUGGGCAUCAGAGGCAAAGACAUUGUUGUCCUUGGAGUUGAGAAGAAGUCAGUGGCCAAGCUGCAGGAGGAAAGAACAGUCCGCAAAAUAUGCACCCUAGACGACCAUGUCUGCAUGGCAUUUGCAGGCCUGACAGCAGAUGCCCGCAUCGUGGUCAACAGAGCUCGUGUGGAGUGCCAGAGUCACCGGCUCACUGUGGAGGACCCAGUGACCGUAGAGUACAUCACACGACACAUCGCCACCCUGAAACAGCGCUACACUCAGAGCAAUGGACGCAGACCGUUUGGCAUCUCUGCCUUGAUCGUGGGUUUUGACUGUGAUGGGACCCCCAGGCUCUAUCAGACUGACCCCUCUGGAACUUACCACGCAUGGAAGGCAAAUGCGAUUGGCCGUAGUGCUAAGACGGUGAGGGAGUUCCUGGAGAAGAACUACACAGACGAAGCCAUCGCCACUAACAAUGAGUCGAUAAAGCUGGCCAUCAAAGCCUUGCUUGAGGUGGUUCAGUCUGGUGGGAAGAACAUUGAACUUGCUGUAAUUAGAAGAAACCAGCCACUGAAGUUAUUGGAGUCCAAAGAAAUUGAGACCCUGGUGACUGAGAUAGAGAAAGAGAAGGAAGAUGAGGCAGAGAAGAAAAAACAGAAGAAGUCUACUUGAAGUCAUAAUGAAACUGGCUUUCAUUUAGCACUUGCUUAAAGGCAGCAUAUUUGGUCUGCAAACAUCAAAACGUGUUUACAAUCCCAAAGGUUUACAAGCCCAAAAACAUCUUUCAUGUCACACGCUAAGGGCUGAAUCUUAACUUGAUGUAGGUUGGUAUGUUGAAUUAGUCACACAUCUCACAUUGCCAUCGAUGCAUUGUAUAUGUGGAAAUCUAAGUCAAAUGUAUGGAUCUCAAGUUAGGAUUCAGACCUACAAUGAGGUCUCCCCUCUGCCCACUUAAGGUAACUUAUGUAUGUUGUUGAACUUCUUUAGAGUGAAUGUUAUUGGAUCAAAAUGCUUAAUAAAGUCAACUUGUUUAUGUACCA